GAAAAUCCCCGCUCCUCUAAGAGCCUCAGUGGCAACUAGUCAGCCAAAAACAUGCUAGAAAGAGUUCAGUUACUCUGGAACGUAGUCCUUCGUGGAGUUUUUCAGUGUUCACAGGGAAGUCAAACUCUGGACAAAAGGAGAUUAAAACUCUACUGAACAAGAAUGUCUGACCUCAAAAACAAGAGCAAAGAGAUGGAUCCCGAGGCAGCCUUCACUAUGCCCAUUCAUUACGUGAUUGCAGCAGUUUAUGUCGUUUUAACUGUGACAGCAUUCAGUCUAAACACGCUUGUCAUUUGGGCAUUUGUCAAAGACCGCACACUGCGCACGCGCUCGAACAGCUUGAUUCUUAGUAUAGCCGUCGGUGAUUGGCUACACGCAGUAUUAGCAUAUCCCCUUGGAGUUGUUAAAAAUGCGUCAGAAAGUUGGCGCUUGAGCGGUGGAGCCUGCACGUGGUACGCCUUUAUUACAUCUUUCCUUUCGUUCGGUAUAAUGCUCCACUACGCUACAUUUUCUAUCGAGCGUGCAAUCACUAUAAACUUCUCUGAAGCCUUGUUUUGUAUUGAGAGGAAGCUUGGUCUCAUCAUUGCUGGACUUUGGCUGUUUGCCCUUCUUUGGAGUUCGUUCCCUCUGUUCGGUUGGUCAGCGUACGUUCCUGAAGGCGCAGGUGUGUGUUGCUCAAUUCGCUGGCAAUCGUCCGAUCCACUUGAUAUCACUUUUGUAGCUUGUAUUUUCUUAUUCUUCUUUUUUGGACCAGUUGUUACCAUGGUUAUAGCAUACUAUUCCGUUUACAACAACAUGAAGAAAAUGACUUUAAAUGCGCAUGGAUUGUGGGGAGAGAACGCUGCACCUACAAUGGAAGUUAUCCAAGCCGAGGGUAAAAUCGGGCGCAUGGCAUUUAUGAUGUCGACUUGCUUCUUGUUCGCAUGGACGCCUUACGCCGUAGUUUCUCUGUAUGCUAUUAUAAACCAACCUGAGGACAUCACACCACUGGUAGCCACUCUACCCGCCUUAUUUGCCAAAACAGCGCCUUGUUAUAAUCCCGUCAUUUACUUUUUAUCAUACAAGAAAUUUAGGGAAAGCCUAAAACGGACACUGAGACGCCAACGAAACACCAGUGCUGUAAGCAGGCUGUGACAACACUAAACAUCUACUCAGCUUCACUGCACACCUAGAUUAUGAUGUAUUUUCUCCACACUGUUCUCUGUACAUUCCAAUGUUACUGACAAAGAGAAUAUGUUAGACAAUCAAGAGCUUCUUAACUGACUGAUCAUUCCCUCUAUUCUCAUGAACUUAAUGUUUGAUUCAGGUGUGAUACUGUGGAGAGAAAUUAUACGCUAGUCAAUCUAAGGGAAG